AUGCAUGCGCCUGAUAACUACUGGGAGCGGGUGUGCGGGUAUCACAUCAAUUGCGUACACAGUUCAGCACUCCGGUGUGAACAUCGUUGGAUCGAGUCGUGCAAGCAACGGACGUUGAACAGAACUCGCAAGCAAGCACUGUACACCCGACUCUCUGACAUCGGCACAGUUCUUGUAGGGCCAGAGCAGGUUCCAUUCACGGUGCAUAUCACACUUAUUAGCGUCUUCUCGGAUUUCUUCCGAGGUGCGUUCGAAGGUCGUUUUGAGGAAGGCAGGACUAGGAGGGUGGUGCUCGAAGAUGACAGUCCGGCGGACUUCGCAAUGAUGCUUUACUGGUUGUAUACUGGAGACAUAUACAUCCCGACCAAAGAUGAUUACGACUUUCUGGAUGCACUGAAGGGCCACGAUGGAGCUUCCGAGGCAGAAGAUGGGAGCGGUUGGGUAACCCUACCAUCAUCGCUCGCCCUUAAACUCAGAUUUCAAGAUUCGCUCGUCGGACUCUACAUCCUCGCUGACAAACGAGGAGUACAGCGCCUCAAGAAUGAUAUUUUAACGCAAAUCCGCGACCAGAAGAGUGGGAGCUGGCCUCUGCUGAUAUCCUCCAUUGACCGUAUCUCCUUGGCCUGCUACAAUCUGCCGGAUCAAGAUCCUUUGCGAGCGUGGCUGGAGCAAGAGGCAUCACAGAGCUGGACCGGAUCGAUGCAUCUGAGCCGCAGCGAGAUCAAAAAGCUGCCUCCAGACUUCCUGGUCAAUGUCAUGCAUAACAUUCUUCAACGACGUUAGCACGGCACACUGCAAGACGAGCUUCUCAGGCUACGGGCACGCUGAUAAAACAUCGAACAUUGCGAGAAUUCAUGAGCUGGAGCUACAACUGGCAACUGCCGAGGCGACCAUUGAAAAAGUAAGGAGGUCAUAUCCUUACGUGCUGGGUCUUCUGGGCAUCUAGCUAUGCAGCAUCAAGACACUGCGAUAUUUUCACUGAUGAUAAAAAUGCAGCACCUCUGCCAAGGUGACCGAGUUAUCCGCCUAGACAAUAUGAACCUCGAACUCGUAUGCGGGCAAUGUGGAGGAGGAGCAUCAUUGCUUGGCAUGAGCAUAUCACAGCAUAUGCUUGCAGGCGCAGUAAGCAGUUGCAAUUAGUCCUGCUCAUCGAGAGAGUCUUCCAAUUUCAACAUGCGUUCUGACUUGCAAAUGAUGCAACUGAAUAUAGAACGAGUGGUGCCUGAGGCGUCGAUCGUACAGCAGAUCGCAACGGAUCUGCCAUC